AUGCCGAAGCACGAUUUCUUCAGCCCCAAGGCCAUCAGCAACCGCAUCAAGGCCAAGGGCCUCACGAAGCUGCGCUGGUACUGCGAGAUGUGCCAGAAGGCGUGCCGCGACGAGAACGGCUUCAAGUGCCACCAGACGUCCGACGGCCACCUGCGGCAGAUGCGCAUCUUCGCCGAGAACCCCAACGCCGUCAUGCACAACUACUCCACGGAGUUCGAGGCGAACUACGUCGAGACGCUGAGCCGGCGCCACGGCACCAAGCGCGUGCACGCGAACGUCGUCUACCAGGAGUACAUCGCCGACAAGCACCACGUCCACAUGAACGCGACCAAGUGGGAGACGCUGACGAACUUCGUCAAGUAUCUGGGCAAGAGCGGCCAGGCGCUCGUCGACGAGACCGAAAAGGGCUGGUUCGUCGCGUGGAUCGACCGCGACCCCGCGGCGCUCGCGCGCCAGGCGGCGCUGGCGAAGAAGCGCAAGCACGACAUGGACGACGAGGAGCGCCAGCGCCUCGAGAUUAAAAGACGCGUCAAGGCCGGCGGCGGCGGCGACGCCGCGCCCGAGGCGGGCGACAUGUCCGAGCGGUCCGCGGGCGACGUCAAGCCGUCGAUGCUCGACGAGCUCAUGCAAGGCCAAUCGUCGAAAACGCCGCCGGACGAGCCGAAGCUCGACCACUGGCUCCACGCGGACAUCGUCGUCAAGUGCGUGAACCGCAAGGUCGCCGACGGCGCCUACUACAAGAAGAAGGGCACCGUGCUGCGUCUCGUGGACGACUUCGUCGCCGUGGUCCGCAUGAACGACAGCGGCGACGAGCUCCAGCUCGACCAGGACGACCUCGAGACCGUCAUCCCCGCCGUCGGCAAGCGCGUCAAGAUCCUCAACGGCGUCGGCCGGGGCCUCGUCGCCACGCUCGUCGCCAUCGACGUCGACGACUUCAGCGUCGCCGUCGAGGUCGAGUCGGGCCCGCGCCGGGGCCUCGCGCGGCGCGGCGUCGACUACGAGGACGUCUCGCGCCUGGCGUCGUAA